AAAACCAGGAGUCGGAUGCUCAACCAGCUGAGCCACCCAGGCGCCCCUGUCUUGGCUUUCGUAUUUAAGGGGAGAGGUCUGUGGAUUUGGAGUCUCUGGCUGGCGAUGGUGUCAGUUUCUCGUAGGACUUGGUGGAUCUGGUGCUGGUCUUUGGGACUGAGGUGCUGCUGGGGCUACAGUAACCUUAGGAUGGUGGCUGGGGCUCCAUCUCAGAAAGAACAAAACCUUCCCAAGUCAGAAGCCAUAAGCCUCGAAAAUGACCAUGAGCAACAAAUACAGAAGCCUCUGCGCCCCUCGGCGCUGGGGCGUUGGGCAUGUUCUGACGCUGCCAGAGCUUUCUGAAAAGCCUCCCUCUUCCUUCAUUCUUGCUUCCUGGAGCAUGUACUGUCUCUCUGAGGGGCAGGGGAGAUUAACAUCCCAUCAGACUCUCCGGCGCAGAAAUCUUUGGUCUUCUCCAAUGAUCGCUUGUUGCUUUAACAAAGCAUAAACACGUAAAGGUCCCUGAACACGUUUAAGUUUUCUGUGGGCAGUACCUUCAUGGUCCUCGGGCUCACAGCACUCAGGCUGUCAUGUAACCGUGACAGCCUAUUACAGCUUCCACCCCAGGCGACCAUGUGCACUGUCGUGUGGGCACCUAGCAGUGUGUGGCCCUUGUGGGCGUACAUACAUCAUGGGCGUACUCUGCCUUCACACGCAUGCCAUCAGCUGAGUCUGGGGCUGAUGCCGGGGACGGACGAGGCCUAGAGUGGGGCUGUUUCCAAGGAAAGUAAGUUUUCCUUCCAUGUCUAGGGAAAUUUGGAAUCAGGCUUUGAAAAUGAAUCGGAGAUCAUCCUAUUGUUUUCUCGCAUUCUGCUCUUUUUCUCAUGUGGCUCUGUCUCAGGGACAAGGAUGCUCUCUGGCAGAAGUCAGAUGCCCUGGAAUUCCAACAGAAGCUCAGUGCUGAGGAGAGGUGGCUCGGGGACCCGGAGGCGAGCCACUGUCACGACUGCAAGCGAGAGUUCAGCUGGAUGGUGCGGCGACACCACUGCAGGGUCUGUGGCCGCGUCUUCUGUUACUACUGCUGCAACAACUACGUCCUGAAGCGCAGCGGCAAGAAGGAGCGCUGCUGCCGAGCCUGCUUCCAGAAGUUCAGCGAUGGCCCUGCAUCGCCUGACAGCGCCAGCUCUGGCACCAGCCAGGGGGAGCCCAGCCCUGCACUGUCGCCAGCCCACGCUGGGCCCCAGGCUGCCAGAGGCCAAGACGCCGACUGCAGGCCGCCAGACGAUGCCGUGUUUGACAUCAUCACAGAUGAGGAGCUGUGCCAGAUCCAGGAGUCCGGCUCCUCCUUGCCUGAAACACCCACUGAAACUGACUCCCUCGACCCGAACUUGCCCGAACAGGACACCAUGUCAACCUCGCUAACCCCUGAGGACACUGAAGACAUGCCGCUGGGACAGGAUGCCGAAAUCUGCUUGCUGAAGUCCGGGGAACUGAUGUAAGUGACAGGUCUCCGAGCGGGGCUCCCCAGGCUGUCACUUUUGGGGAGGAGGAGCUGCACCCCCGAGGCUCUGACUUGGCACCCAUGGUGACUUUCAUUCAGUCUGUGCUUUCUUUUUAAAAGUACAGUUUACAUGCAAUAAAUUCCCCCUUUAUGUGCACAGUGCUUAGACUCUGACAAAUAACAGUGCAAUCACCAAUCGUGGCUUACGUGGGGCUUAUGUGGGCCAGUGGCUUAUGUGAUCUCAGGGGCCUCUGAGCCCAGCCGGCUCCGUACCCCAGUGCUGCCAGACGGGGGGACCCAGGCCCAGAACAGAACAGUGUCGCCCCGUGUGACCACAGUGAAGACAGAGACCAGUUCCCUCACCCUCAGAAGCUCCCCGUGCCCUCUAUAGCUGUCCCUUCCUCACGCCUGUGCCCUGUGUUCUUCUUUUCUGACCAUAACUUUGUUUUGUUUUCUUACUGUAAGAGCGGUACUGUUUCAUUGUAGAAAAUAGGAAAAUAGAGACAAGCAAACCGCCUCAGUGUAUAG